AUGUUUCACAAUGGAAGGAAAUUCAAAUUCCCCCAGGAAAACUCUGCGCGCUCAUCUGAUCCUGCAACGAAGAGACUCAUCAAGGAUCCCGAGAUGAAGAAUCGGAAGGUUACGGAGAAGAGACAGAGCAAGACGUUCUCCGACGCGUCAGUGGAAAGCGCGAAGGAUCCGCCGGUGGAUUCCUCCGAUCUCUCAGAUUUCAGCGCGAUCUCCGAUUCCGAAGCCGAGAGUUUUGUGCAAGGAUCGUCGAGCCUAGACCUGUUGUUAUCAACGCCAGAGGUUUCUCUUCUGACUGAUGAAUCUCCAGUUUCGACGGUUACUAAUAAGGUUUCUACAUCGACCGAUCGGAUUCAGUCGAUCGUCGACUUGCCUGCUUCUGUGGAGUACUUGCGCGCGGAGAUCAGUGAUCUGAAGAAGUUCAUCUGUUCCAGUUGAGAAAUCUGAAAAAGCAACUGGAUCGAUGGCGCUCUUACUCGCAAACACCGCAUUGUGCUGUUGAUUUGUAUCCUUUGGGCUGUCUUAGCUGCGAUUGUGGUCUCCGUCAGGUCAGGGGAGAAGAUUGCUUACUAUGGACCACUUCCAACUUGA